ACCGCGCCGCUGCGGUUCUUCCGGCGGCCAUUUUAGGUUGGGACCAUCGAGGCGGCGCCAUUAAAGCGUGAGGAAGGAGCGGGAAGAAAAGCCCGCGAUUCUCGGGCUGAGCGCAGCCGCCGCCGCGGUCCAGAUCCCGGUCUCCGCCUCCCCUCUUUCUUUUUCCCAGCCGGGCAGCCAUGUCGGAGGAGGAGGCGCAGUUCGCCAGCGACGUGGAAGCGGCGGAGGCUCCGGAGGCGGCGGAGCAGCUUGAGGGAGACGCGGCGGGCGAAGGCGGCGGCGACGGCGCCGAAGGGGGAGGCGGCGGCGGCGGUGGAGGAGGCGGCGAGUCGGAGGGAGCCAAAAUCGACGCCAGCAAGAACGAGGAAGAUGAAGGGAACUGCGUCUUAAGAAAUGACCCUGACUCAGAUAGCCUGACCUCGUCUGAUUUUGGAAGGAAGAUGUUCAUUGGAGGGCUUAGCUGGGAUACGACAAAGAAAGAUUUGAAGGACUACUUCACCAAAUUUGGUGAAGUUGUGGACUGCACCCUGAAGCUAGAUCCCAUUACUGGUCGGUCGAGAGGUUUUGGCUUUGUGCUGUUCAAGGAAUCUGAGAGCGUGGACAAGGUUAUGGAUCAGAAGGAGCAUAAAUUGAAUGGCAAAGUGAUUGAUCCCAAAAGGGCUAAAGCGAUGAAAACAAAAGAGCCGGUUAAAAAGAUUUUUGUGGGGGGCUUAUCUCCAGAUACACCUGAAGAAAAAAUAAGGGAAUACUUUGGAGGUUUCGGUGAGGUGGAAUCAAUAGAACUUCCGAUGGACAACAAAACCAAUAAACGCCGUGGAUUUUGCUUCAUUACUUUCAAAGAGGAGGAGCCAGUGAAGAAGAUUAUGGAGAAAAAAUACCACAACGUUGGUCUUAGUAAAUGUGAAAUCAAAGUCGCCAUGUCAAAAGAACAGUAUCAGCAGCAACAGCAGUGGGGGACCCGGGGGGGAUUUUCUGGAAGAUCUCGUGGCAGAGGUGGAGGCCCCAGUCAAAGCUGGAACCAGGGAUACAGUAACUACUGGAAUCAGGGCUAUGGCAACUAUGGCUACAACAGUCAGGGCUACGGUGGCUACGGAGGCUAUGACUAUACCGGCUACAACAACUAUUAUGGAUAUGGGGACUAUAGCAAUCAACAGAGUGGUUAUGGGAAGGUAUCUCGGCGAGGCGGUCAUCAAAACAGCUACAAACCGUACUAAAUUAUUCCAUUUUGCAGCCCUAUCCCCAGACAGGUGGACAAGCAGUAUUCACAUUUGAAGAUUCAUUUUGAGGCAGCUCAGGUUGCCUGCUAAUAGCAGUUUCAGACUAAAUUUUUUUUGUAUCGAGCCCCCGAAUUGGAAGUAACACGUUGGGUCCCUCUGAAGUUUGCGUUCUCAUUACAACAGAAUUGCUUUCACUGUCUUUAUUUUUUUUUAGUUGCUAUGCUUAAGAAUCAGUUUGACUUACGCCCCCUGGCCCAUUUUGUCCCCCCCCCCAGUAUUGUAGAGCAUGUCUUGUGUAUGAAAAGCCCAGUGUGACAGUGUCAUGAUGUAGUAGUGUCUUACUGGUUUUUUAAUAAAUCUUUUUGUAUAAA